AUGGAACCACUGGCCGAGGCCAUCAGGGUAAAGCCUGCUAUACAGGGGCUGCUCAUUGAAACAUGCUGCCAAUCAGAUGACUUUGAAGGAGUACCUGGAUGUUCCACCCCAGCAUCGAGGAGGAAGUGCAGCCAGCGUAAGCGAACACUGCAUUAUUUCAAUCGGCGAGCGAAUCACUUUAGUCGUACAGAUAAUACUGGCCAGGCGGUUGGAAUGAGCAGUGAGGUCUGUCAAUACCGAAUGACCAGCCUGCCACGUGGUCAUUGUUUAAUCAUCAACAAUGUGCACUUUAUUCAAAUGGCGGAAAGAAGGGGAUCAGACAAAGAUGCUGAGGUUCUGAAGGAUGUGUUCCAGUGGCUCGGUUUUACGGUGACUGUACUCCUAGACCAGACAGCAGUGCAGGCCCGCGAGGAAUUGAAGAGGUUUGGUGACGAGACGCAUGGCGACGCCUUUGUCGGCUGCGUACUGAGUCAUGGUGGCAAGGGAGUUAUCUAUGGCACAGACGACGAACCCAUCUCCACCAAUGACCUCUUCUCACCCUUCAAAGGCACCAACUGCUCCACCCUCAUUGGCAAGCCCAAGGCCUUCUUCAUCCAGGCAUGUAGGGGGAAAGAUACCCAAGCUAGAGUGCAGUUGGAGACAGACACAAAUCCAGGUCACCAGAUCUACAUUCCAGCUGAUGCCGAUUUCCUGUUUGCCAUGGCCACUGUCGAAGACUACUGCUCGUUCAGAGUCAUCCAGACUCUGUGCAAACAGCUCAAACAGGGCUGUCCCAGGUGAAGCCUGAUUUAAUAUGUGCUCUAGAGCACCAAAUCUGGUGGGUCGCAUCGGGAGGUUUUGAAUGGCUCGAGGUUAUUUAUACAUAUUUGAUUAAUAAAAUACUAGUCUGAUUCUUUAUCCCCUUACACUGUGUAUAAGACAGUAGUUUAGGAAUUGUUAGUUAGAUUACUUGUUGGUUAUUACUGCAUUGUCGGAACUAGAAGCACAAGCAUUUCGCUACACUCGCAUUAACA